AACCUGAACACUGCAUUGUGUCCUCCAGGAGCACCUCCCCCAGCAAUGACUUCCUCCUUGGUCCUGGUUUUUUUGUUACUGACUCCAGCCACAGUGGCCAACCUCCAAACUGUUGGUCCAUGUCCAGCGUGUUGGGGAGCCACCUCCGACCUGGAGAGCCAGCGGGAGCUGCUUCUUGAUUUGGCCAAGAAAAGUAUCCUGAACAAGCUGCAGCUUAGCCAGCGCCCCACACUGAGUCGGCCUGUGUCCAGAGCUGCUCUGAAGACUGCACUGCAACGCCUCCGUGGGCCUCGUCAACAGGAAACCCUGAUGGAGCAUGACCAGACACAAGAAUAUGAUGUCAUCAGCUUUGCUGAGACAGGCCUCUCCAGCGUCAACCAGACUCGUCUUGAUUUCCACUUCUCUGACAGAAUGGCUGGUGGCAUUGAGGUCCGACAGGCCCACCUUAUGUUCUUUGUGCAACUCCCUUCCAAUGCCACCCAGGCCAUGAAUAUUCGAGUCCUUGUGCUAAGACCAUAUGAUACCAACCUCACCUUGACAAGUCAGUACCCGCUGCAGGUGGACGCAAGUGGCUGGUACCAGCUUCUCCUGGGGCCUGAAGCUCAGGCUGCUUGCAGUCAGGGGCACCUGACUCUGGAACUGGUAACUGAAAGUCAGGCGGCCCACCGUUCAGUCAUCCUGGGUGGGUUUUCACACAGGCCCUUCGUGGCAGCCCGGGUAAGAGCCGGGCACAAGCAUCGGGUUCACCGACGAGGUAUCGACUGCCAGAGAGGGUCCAGGAUGUGCUGUCGACAAGAGUUCUUUGUAGACUUCCGGGAGAUUGGCUGGCAUGACUGGAUCAUCCAGCCUGAAGGCUAUGCCAUGAACUUCUGUACUGGGCAGUGCCCACUACAUGUGGCAGGCAUGCCUGGCAUCUCUGCCUCCUUUCACACCGCAGUGCUUAAUCUACUCAAAGCCAACACAGCUGCUGGCACCACCGGAGGGGGCUCAUGCUGUGUGCCCACAGCUCGGCGUCCUCUGUCUUUGCUCUACUAUGACAGGGACAGCAACAUUGUCAAAACGGACAUACCUGACAUGGUGGUAGAGGCCUGUGGGUGCAGUUAGUGUGAUAUAGGCAGCCUGAGGUAGAGCAGGCAAAUAUAAUCUUACCUGGCCUUCCUCAGAAGGAGAGAGUGACUACAUUCCUGCUUCUGUUCACAAUGUAACCACCUUCUUUCUAAGCAUGCAGACUGCUCUCUGUUGACUCCAAGAGAUCUACAUCUAAAGAGAGUCACCCAUAGCCACCAGCCUCUCUCUCUCCUGGGACAUAGUUGACCCAGAACAGCCUCAUUCUGAACCCUCG